AUGUUCGACCAUUUCCACCUCGCGCACAUCCCCGCGCUCUUCGUGGCCAGCGCCAUGACCUUCGGCGGCUUCUGGCCCUUCUUCGACGCCCGCGCCGCCACGGCCGAGAUGGGCCUGCCGCGGCGCUUCAGCGACGCCCACGAGUCCCGCACCAUCUUCCAGCUCUGCGCCGGCCGCACCACCGCGCUCGGCCUGAUCCUCUUCACGCUCUACUUCCAGCACAAGCUGGCCGAGGUCGACACCGUCAUGGUGAUUCUGGGCGGCUACGUCGGCGCCGUGGACGGCUACGUCUUCUGGCGCGAGGGCUGUCGCGGCAAGGCCGUCCAGCGGGCCGUCUCGGGGUUCGUCAUUGCUGUUUGUGGGUGGUACGGCUUGGUGGCUGGGAAAUAG